AUGCAGAACAACUACCGCGCUACCCUGGACCAUCAAGAAAUCGCCACAAAGGGUGAAGACGAGGAUUUAUUAUUUGGGCAUAAUGUGCCCCUCAAAGGCAACCAGCCACUAGCCUGGGCCCUGCUCGCGGAAUGGUCCUCGACGGUGGAUUACCUCUCCCGCGGAAUAAUUACAAAGCAACUCGAGCUAUGCGUGGUUUGUGAUGUUGAUGCCAAGGACAUCACCACAGCCAAGCGUGUAAUCGAGCCAUUAUACCGACUUCCCCAGCUCAAGGACUGCCACCUUCGCCUGUCCAGGACAUCUACUCCUCUACUCAAUGAGAUGACGCGGCAUACAGCCCUCCAGCUCCCUGGUCUUUGUUGGCCCCAAGAAAUGCCUGCUUCCCAGCCCUAUCACGAGUCGUUAGAGCCACCUCGCAGUGGGGCGUAUACUGGUUCCCGGCUUCUGGAACUUCCCCGUGAACUGCGCUUCCGCAUUCUGGAGUAUACAGACCUGAUCACGCCCUGGAAAGAGGUUACCUGGAGCAGACAGCACCCAGCUUUCAUAGGGGUCAAGGCGUUCUGUGGCACGCUGGACGGCCGUGGAGAAGAAUUCCCGCCUCACGUCCACCAUGGCUGCCAAUUUGUCGACUGCUGGCAGAAGUGUCCUGAGCCCUGUGUUGGCUGCUUCUGCCGAGUCCACCAUUCCGCCUUUUCGUCUAUUUGCAUGUUCUGGACACCACCGCAGGAUCAAUUCCUUGUAUGCCAUACCCUGUACGAAGAUGCACUGGUAGUCUUCUAUUCGGGUAACCGCUUCGUGGUCCACGACUACAACCACCGAGACCCGUACACGCCACCUCUGGGAGUAUACUCAUCCCCCCGCCUGGCUGCGAGCAUGUUCUUCACCGACGUAGUACCUGAGCGUUGCCUCAGGGAGCUGCGAUUCGUGGAGCUUGACUUUCCCCCCUACAGCCCCGAAUGCUGGCCCAAUGAGGCAGCUCUCAACGACUGGUCCCUUACGCUGAGCUGGGCUGGAAAGAGGCUCAACCUUCCGGGCCUUACCAUUCGGUUGAUCAUGGUGGGACUGGACGGGUGGGAGGUCCGAAGAGACAUGACAAAGGAGCAAGGAGGUUGUAUCAUAGCCACCUACGCACGCAUCGUAGCACCAAUCGCUUGUCUCGGUUUGGACGGUCUUGCCAAGUUCUAUUGCAGUCUUGCCUGGCCCUGGGCGUACACAGAAGAAUCGGAAGCAAUCGCGAUGGACCGUGGCUGGGACUGGUUCGCGCCUCAAGAAAGGGUCUUGGAGGAGCGUUAUGGUCGGAUAGUUACUAUGGGUGACCGGUACGAUCUACUCCACUCUGGCAGUGCCAAACCCACUGACAGCAGUUGGGUGCGCAAAUAUAUUAGGGACUGUUAG